UGUGCCCUUUCCCCUUCCCCUAUGGAAAUUGCACCAAUCAAUGCAAACGUGCGCCCCUUUUCGUGUAAAACCUUGGAGUUGUUGGAGGAGUGUUUAGGUAAUUACGAUGGCGAAGGAGGGAUUGGAUUGGGGUGGGGUGCGUAAUUAAAGAAAGAGAUGCUCAGAGUUAUUCAGAAGGGGAAACAGGGAAGGGAGGCAGUGUGCCAGUAAAUCCCAGUUGUUUGGACAUCUAAGUUGAGAGAGUGACGUUGCGCUCAGGUCCUGCUUGUGGGCUUUCCAGAAGAGAAAUCUGGUUGGCCACCGUGAGGACAGGAUACUGAACUAGAUGGGCCUUUGGCCUGAUCCAGCAGGGCUCUUCUUACGUUCUUCAGAGUGGCUGAGACCAUGGAGUGGCAUUGGUACCGAUCCUGUAUCUUCCCCGCAGCUUGACAAGCCCUUUCGACUGGAUGCCCGUUCCCAUGGCAUCAAGGUACCAGCGUCGCCUGUGGCGCUACGUCAGUUCUGGCCGCCGCCACAAGCUGCGGAGGCUCCUGCAGCAUCACAGGGAAGCCUUGGAUCUGGGGGAGACGGCCGGGCACAGGAACCGAACCCCACUUCACCGAUCCUGUGCCCGACAGGACCACAAAACUGCCAUACUCUUGCUGAAGCAUGGAGCGGACCCCUCUGUUCUGGACCGGCGUGGGGACACAGCUCUACACGUGGCUGCCCGGCAGGUGGCGCGCAAGGGAAGCACAGUGUACGAAGACUUGUUUGCACCCUUGCGAAACCGUUGUCCCUCCGCCAUGAGUGUCAGGAACAAAGAUGGAAAGACUCCGGGAGACCUCCUGAGACAAACGGAAGAGAAAUGGUGCCCUCAGGAGACGUUUGAGGAAAAUGAGGCAGAAGAUGAAGCUGAUGGGGAGUGGCGUCGCAAACUCCUUGGCGAAUGGGAGGAUGAGAAUCAGGAGACGGGCUGGCAGAAUGAAGAUGAUUUCUAUACCACCGGUCCAGACCCGGAAUCUUACGAGGAUUGGGUCGAUCGCAUCGCUCAGGAAUACAGGCAAAAACGCUGCCAUGGAGAGGAACGCCAUAGCCGAAGGCCUAAAGAGGAACCGCAAAAGCCUCCCCUCAAGCUGCAGAGUCUCCUGGAGGAGGAACACCUGCUCUACGAGAAGCGUGCCCGAGCAAAAGAAAAAGAGUUGAAGGAGGCCAAGAGGCUGCGCUACGAGGAGGGCUGCAGCCGGGUCUUCUCUGCCAGCGGUUCACAUCUUUUGAGAUACGUGGACAUUCCCUGGCCGUGUCCGACCGGGACGCCAGAGGAAAUGGCUGCCGUGGCACUCCAUGGCACAAACCCCACCGACAGAGCAGCUUACCGGCGCUUCCUACGGCGUCAGCAGGCCCUGUGGCACCCGGACAAGUUUGUUCAACGCUGUGGCACGUGCUUAGCUGAACAGGAUCGUCGCCGAAUCUUGGACACUGUCACUGCGUUGUCCCAAGCAUUCAACCGGCUAGCGGAAGAUGCCAAAUAACUCUCUUUUGCUUUCUGUCAAUAAAGUUUUGCCUCUUCAAGAAUGCAGAAUACUG